AUGGCACAAUUCAACUAUUUGAAUGAACUAAAUAGCUUGGCAACAAUAGAUGGACCUAUUACACGCGGCCCACUUCAACGUUGGGUGAAAAAAAGUGGCGCCGAAAACAUGAAUCCGACUCUAAGCACCUCAAAAAAUAUAUCGAAUGCUAAUUUGAGCGGAAUCAAUCAAUCUAUGCACAAACUAUCUGUAUCAGCUAAUCAGAGCUGCAAUAACAGUAUUCUAUCUGCAAACAAAACUCCGACGCGGGCUGACAUAAGAAAGAAUAAAAAGACUCCAUCGAAGAACAAAUCUCCAGGUCGUUCAACAACUCCAACACCAAACAAGGCUUCAAAGACUCCAAACAAGGCAGAUAGAUUUAUUCCAUCAAGAAGCAACACAAACUAUGAUCUCUGCCAUUACAUGUUAACCCGUGAAGAGGAAAAAUCUGAUGAACCAACCCUUGCUACUGAAGCUCUCAGCAAGGCACUAGGAGAAGCAGACCAAGGCCGUCUUCUACAGUAUACUUGCAAGGCUCCUGCAGCUCCUGAAGGCUAUCAGAAUAGACUAAGAGUGGUUUACUCACAGGCUAAAGUUCCAUCAACUGUUAAAAAUACAUCUCGUUACAUACCACACAGUCCAGAUAGAAUCCUUGAUGCUCCUGAUAUUGUAGAUGACUUUUACCUCAACAUCCUUGACUGGAGUGCGUCAAACAUCUUAGCGGUUGCUCUGGGCAAUGCGGUAUAUUUGUGGAAUGCUGGAACUGGACAAAUUGAGGAACUAAUGUGCUUAGGGGGCAAUGACCCUGUUUGUUCAGUUCAGUGGGUUCAAGGCAGUGGCUCACACUUAGCCGUUGGGCUGUCUUCUGGUAUUGUAGAGUUAUGGGAUUGCGAGAAGAUUAAGAAGUUGAGGGCUAUGGAUGGCCACAGUGCUCGCGUUGGUUCCUUGGCCUGGAACCUCUAUGUGAUCUCGAGUGGGUCAAGGGACGGAAACAUCGUACACCACGAUGUGAGACAACGGGACCAUAACGUCGCUACUAUUAAUGCGCAUACGCAGGAGAUUUGUAACCUCAAGUGGUCUCCAGAUGGAAAAUACUUGGCCUCGGGUGGAAAUGACAAUGAACUCAACAUAUGGCCUCUCGCGCAGGGUCACCAUUACACGCAGUCACAGUAUUUGUAUUCAUUUCGAAGUCACCUGGCAGCAGUGAAAGGCCUGGCCUGGUGCCCUUGGAGCAACGGCAUCCUGGCUUCGGGCGGAGGAACAGCCGAUAGGACUAUUCGCAUAUGGAAUGUUAACACUGGGGCCAACAUAUCUACUGUUGACACUAAAUCACAGGUGUGCUCGAUCUUAUGGAGCAGCCACUACAAAGAGCUGAUCUCGGGGCACGGCUACGCCAACAACCAGCUGGUGAUCUGGAAGUACCCCAGUAUGGCCCGAGUGGCCGAUCUCACCGGACACGUCGCCCGAGUUCUGCAUCUCUGUCUCUCGCCAGACGGCACUUCUGUUCUCUCGGCGGGGGCUGAUGAGACCUUACGCCUCUGGAAGGUGUUUAUGUUGGACCCGGCUAAGAAGAAAGACCCAGUCGACACAAAGGCAGCUAAAUCCCUUCUUAACAUGAACUCGUUAAUGCGAUAA